UUUCGGGGCAUUUACGUUGGUUGAUUGAUUGCAUGAGGCCUUUGCUUUUGAUUGAUUGAGUGGCAGCAAAAUAUAUCCGUAGGAACGAUUGAUAACUAAUUUGGCAUUCUUUGGUCUCAGGAUAGUUGAUGAAAUUAUCUAGUUUUACUCUUAGCCUUGAAAAAUUAUAGUUAAAAAUAUAUAGGUGCCCGCAGGUUUAAGAUAUGGGGUACCUUGAACUUGUGUGUGGGUGGUUUAGCUAUAUUGAUGUUUUGUGACAGUGUGUAAAUUGCAGCUAUCAAGUAAAAUUCCAGUGAGAAGUUGAUGACGAAUUUAAAGACAAAAAAAUAAUAAAGAUCUUGAAUAAACAAAUACUUUUCUUUUUUCCUGCCCUAUCUCUUUUCGCUUAUGAAGAUUGAGACUAUAAACACAAGCGUUUAUAAGCAUGUAUUUGGUCAAGCUGAAGUUGAAAAGCUGGUGUUCCAAUCAAAUGGAAGUAGUAGUCGUGAUAGCGCCCUUCUCAUUGGACAUCUAUGUCAAUCUUCUGUUCAGUUUGUUCAUCACUCUGUUUCCUUUUUCUAUUUUGCGUUCAACUUCUGAUGCUGGUAUCCAUUGAGGCUAUUGGUAUUUGCAGUUCUCACUUUUCCUUUAGUAGGCUGACUUAGGAUUGGGAGUUUCGAUUGCUUUCCAAGUUUUCUGGUAUGUUUUAUCUUCCAACCAAUCUAAUUUUGGGCUCCUGAAAGAGAUCAUCUGGUAUAUGUAGUUGUAGCUGUUCUUGACUGAUGGUAAUGAAAGAUUAUAAAUUUUACCUACUUUCGCAUGAGAGGUAGACACUGGACUGUGGAAAAAUAAGAUAUCGUGGCACAUGAUGCUUUUUGUUUGCAACUUCAGUUUUUGUGAAUUUUAGUAAAAUGCUAGGCAUGUGCGAUGAUGAGGUCUUUCGUUAACAAUAAGCCUCCGGGUGAAAAGGUGAACAAAAAAGAAAGAUGACCACCGGAGACUGGAGAGUAUGGAUCAGUUGGAUGUUGUAACCCAACAGAUAAGAUUUUCCUUUCUGACAAUGAAAUAAUCCAACUAACAGACAGUAGGAAUUUAUAAAAUUCUUCUUCAGGGUAAGAUUCCCUUGUUGAAGUGAGACAUGGUGCAGAAUCUCAGACUGAGGUAGGGUUGUCUGUGAUGGACAACAAAUAAAUCAUCUCUGCAGUUUCGCACUUUUCCCAGUAUUUUUCUGUCAGGACGGGGUUGAUUGUUGUCCAUUGCUUUUACCUUAGGUUGGACUUCCCUUCAUCAGUAUCUCUUUAAAUGGAGUUCUCCAAGAAUGAAGUCAUCAUGCAAUCAUUAUUAUCUACUGCUGGACGCUUUGGAGCUCCUCAAUGCUUCACGAUAGUUCUAGUUUGGGUUCCUUUUGAACCUACUUGUGGAUUCUUGUAGAUCAACUUGUUUUGAUGAAUUCUCAUGGUGGAGUUUGCUGAUUGGAGCUGUCAAGCUUUGUUGGAAUUUGUUGUUGCUGGUUUCAAUUGGUGUUCAUGUGCGACAACACAACAUUGUCUGAGGUGUUUUGCCCAUUUGGAGGGCCAAAUAGUCAUGCCUUUGUAGGUUUAGGAUUUUUUCCCUUGACUGUUUCCUGAAUGCAGGGCUUCUAGUUGUUAAAUUCAUCCAUAAGGCUAAAUGGGAGACAUAGUGAUUGAACAUUCAGGGACACCACAUUAUGAGGCCUUAAACUUACAAAAUGUUACAACAUCUGAGAAUGAUGAUGAUCUGGUUCAGAGUUUCUCUGGGGGCUACUUGCCUGAGGAUAGUACACAUGAAGAAAAAUCCACUUGUACUGAAGCCCUCGACAGAGGAUACUUGGAAUAUGGAUGUUCCCACUAUCGCCGUAGAUGUCGCAUUAUAGCCCCUUGCUGCAAUGAGAUGUUUGACUGUAGGCAUUGUCAUAAUGAAUAUAAGAACAAUAUCAACGUUGACCAGAAACUUCGACAUGAGAUUCCUCGUCACAAGGUGGAAAGGGUUAUAUGCUCACUUUGUGAUACAGAGCAAGAGGUUCAGCAAGUUUGCAUCAAUUGCGGUGUGUGCAUGGGGAGAUAUUUCUGUGAAACGUGUAAGCUAUUUGAUGAUGAUAUAUCCAAAAGACAGUAUCACUGCAAUGGUUGUGGAAUAUGCAGGAUUGGUGGGAUGGAGAACUUCUUCCACUGUCCCAAAUGCAGAUGUUGUUAUUCAGUUCUAUUGAGGAACAGCCACCCCUGUGUAGAGGGAGCAAUGCAUCACGACUGUCCUGUUUGUUUUGAGUAUCUCUUUGAGUCGAUAAAUGAUGUAACAGUAAUGCCUUGUGGACACACUAUUCAUAAGAACUGCUUGAAGGAGAUGCAGGAACACUACCAGUAUGCUUGUCCUCUCUGCUCUAAGUCGGUAUGUGAUAUGUCGAAGGUGUGGGAGAAAUUUGACAUGGAGAUUGCUGCAACACCGAUGCCCGAACCUUAUCAAGACAAGAAGGUUUGGAUCCUUUGUAAUGAUUGUGGAAUCACCUCAGAAGUGCAAUUUCACUUUGUGGCUCAGAAAUGUCCAUGUUGCAAAUCUUACAACACCCGCCAAAUAAGAGGCAGAUAGAGGGACCAUAUAGCAAUAGUCAGUCUGGCUUUCAAGUGAAAAUGAUCCCACGCCCUAUGUGGCUAGGGUGGUACCUCUGAUUGGGAAUGAUUGGGCUUUACAAUGCUGCUAAGAUUGUAGAAGAAAUGAUGGAAGGAAAGGGGUUCUACUAUGAUCAUGCUUGUAGCAUUUCUGGGGUUAUCGUGUUUUCGCAUUUCUUCAGUUUAUUUAUCUUCAAUGUUCCUUGGUAGUAGUAUGUGUGUUUUACAUGCCAGUGUAAUUUUGAAGACACUGAUUAUUUGUUCAGUCUUGGCACAAAUAUUGUUGGUAUGCGUGAUUCAAUCCUUUAUAGCAGAGAGCAAGUAGAACUGUGGCAUGUCAGGUGGCUGAGACCUGAAGUGUUGUGUGAUAUUGCACCUUCCAGUUAAUUACUCGUGUGAAGUUAAAUUUGUAUCAUUACUUCAUAUUUAAAGAGUACUAUAGUUCUUUAAAAAAAAUAUUAUGACGGGUACCUAGUUAAAUU